AUGAACCCACCCCAUCUCCCAGCUCUUCUCUCCCUCUCACUUUUGGAAACGGCACACCACACACGGAGGCACAGCACUAGCAACUCACAUCGGUUCACUGCCACUGGACGCUUGCCGCCGUCGCCGUGCCUCUCGCUGGGUUCUCUGAAUCGUGUGCUUGCGAGUCGUAUCUCGUCCCUCUUCUCCGUCUGUGCUGUGUGCUUGGCCCUCGUGUCUCGCCGCGCCUCCGCCGGUGAGUGCUCGAUCUGGGCUUCCAAUAGCUAUGUAGCGUGUCGCCAAUGUCCGUGUCAGAGCACCGAACGCCUGGUGUGCUCCACUGCUCGCGUCUUGCCUCUCUUCCUGCAGUCGUGCUUCCUAGUGAAUGCUCCGUCUCGCGCGCUGCGCCUCCGUCCCUCCCUUUACUCUAUUUCGUGGUUGUUGAUUCUUGAACUGCUUCUCAUCGUCCACCUUCUACCUCUGCAACAACAGAUUAGUAUUUGCAGUGGCGGGACAUGGGAUGCAGAGAAACUUGCGGAUGAGCUCUGGUUCCAGCUGAACACACUGAGGGUGACUCCCACAAAAUUAGUCAUUGGACAUGAAAACACACUAUCCCAGCUGUUUUCUACUAGUUUUGAGGUGUAUUCACCACCACUCAAUCAUAAGUCCUCAGUAUUUGAUAAUAGUAGCAGCUGCAUCAGUAGUGCCACGACAAAAAACAAUUUUGGCCUUAUUCGUCUUCAAUGUAGUCCAGAAAAGGAUGUAAAUGACCAAAGCUACGAUGUGUUUGCUUCUUAUGUGGAAAAUUUUUAUAGAAUAUUGAGAAAAUACCAUUCUAGGGUUCCCAAAUUGGAGCUUACUUUGAAAGAAUCUGGAAUCUUGAAUCGACGCAGCGAUGCCGGAAAUUUGGCGUAUAGAUUCUAUGCAUGGGCUUCUAAGCAGUCCGAUUAUCAACACAGUCAAGAAGUUUACAAAGCUAUGAUUAAGGUUUUGGGCAAAAUACAGCAAUUUGGAGCUGUUUGGGCACUAAUUGAGGAAAUGAGGCAAGAGAAUCCUAUGUUAAUUUCUCCACAAAUGUUUGUUAUUCUGAUGAGGAAGUUUGCUUCUACAAGGAUGGUUCAGAAGGCCAUUGAAGUAUUAGAUGAAAUGCCCAAUUACAGAUAUGAGCCUGAUGAAUAUAUUUUCAGGUGUUUGUUGGAUGUAUUGUGCAAGAAUGGUUGCAUUAAGGAAGCCGCUUCGCUUUUUGAGGACAUGAGAUAUCGAUUUCCUCCAACCAUAAAAAAUUUCACUUUCUUGUUGUACGGUUGGUGUAGAGAAGGGAAACUUGUGGAAGCAAAACAUGUGUUGGUGCAGAUGAAGGAUGCAGGCAUUGAACCGGAUAUCGUUGUUUAUAACAAUUUGCUUAGUGGUUAUGCUCUAGCUGCGAAAAUGGAAGAUGCUUAUGAUCUUUUGAAGGAUAUGAGAAGGAUAGGUUGUGGACCGAAUACAACCUCGUACACAAUUUUGAUCCAGUCACUAUGCAAACAUGAAAAAUUGGAGGACGGAAUGCGCCGGUUUUGCAAGUGGGAAAAGGUUGAAAGAGGUUAUGAGCUUUUGGAUCGAAUGAUACAACAAGGCAUUGUGCCAAAUCAGCUGACUUAUCAUCAUCUCAUGUUGGCCCAUGAAAAGAAGGAAAAACUGGAGGAGUGUAUGGAACUGGUGAAUGAGAUGCACAAGAUUGGUUCCACUCCUGACCUUAACAUCUACAAUACGGUUAUUAGGUUGGCUUGCAAGUUGGGAGAGAUCAAGGAAGGUGUUCGGCUUUAG